CACAGAAUUGGACAUGGGUGUCUUCAUAGCGGUUCUUGGCAUAAAUUAUGAAGACCUUUUACAUACUACUCACAAAUCGUCGGGGAAGGCUCUGCAAAUACAGUUUGACAAGCAUUGUACAUAAGUUUCUGCUAACAAUGGCGAAAAAAAGUUGCUGAAUGGGAUUAUUACAAAUGCAUUUUCAAAGAACUUUGUGACAUCUCUGAGCCAAUCACGAUUCGCGACUCCAACUCCCGUAACCAAUCGCUGCGCUCAAGGCGGUUCUGCGCAGGAAGCUGAGUUGCAUUUUGAACUCAGCGCUCUCUUUCAAGUUGAGGAGAUGGCAUGCCAAAGCAAUGGAAAUUUUAUACAGAAGAAAGAAGACAAGAUAGAAAAUGAAAAUCUUCAAGUCAAGAUGAAUGAGAUUAAUUCAUCCUUGAAAGAAAUUGACUUGAAAGAUAAUUCCUGCAAAAGAACUGACUACAUUUCCUGGGAUGACUACUUUAUGUCUAUUGCCUUCCUGGCUGCAAUGAGGAGCAAGGACCCAUGCUCUCAAGUUGGAGCCUGUAUUGUUAACAAGGAGAAGAUGAUUGUGGGUAUUGGCUACAAUGGAAUGCCAAGACAUUGUAGUGAUAAUGAUCUUCCCUGGAACAAGCAGUCAGAAGACUGCCUACAGACAAAGUAUAUGUUUGUUUGUCAUGCAGAAAUGAAUGCAAUCCUGAAUAAAAAUUGCACAGAUUUAUGUGGAUGCACAAUAUAUGUUGCACUGUUUCCAUGCAAUGAGUGUGCUAAACUGAUCAUUCAAGCUGGCAUAAAAGAAGUUAUUUUCUAUUCUGAUAAACAUAGUCACAAACCUGAAACAAUAGCUAGCAAACAUUUAAUGGAUAUGGCACAAGUAAAUUACAGGCAACAUGUACCUAUGCGGAAGAAGUUUGUGUUAGACUUCUCAGUCACAGAUGGAUGUGAAGAAAAAGGAAAUGAAAAUGAAUUGCCCAUUAACAAGACUGUAAUGCCAGUGAUCAGGGACAUCAAUAAAAAACGAGAGGAUUAUUUGGCAUGGGGUGAGUACUUCAUGGCAGUGGCACUCUUGUCAGCACUCAGAAGUAAGGACCCAUCGACACAGGUUGGAGCUUGCAUAGUAAAUGGUGAUAAUAAGAUUGUAAGCAUUGGUUACAAUGGAAUGCCUCGAGGCUGUGAUGAUGACCUGCUUCCUUGGGGCAAAGAAAGCUCAGAUCCACUAAAAAACAAAUAUAUGUAUGUUUGUCAUGCAGAGGUAAAUGCCAUCAUGAACAAAAGUUGUGCAGAUGUUUCCGGAUGCACUAUUUACGUUGCACUUUUCCCUUGCAAUGAAUGUGCAAAGAUUAUCAUUCAGUCAGGCAUCAGAGAGGUUGUAUAUUUAUCAGACAAGUACAAGGACAAACCUAAAACAAUUGUCUCCAAAAAAAUGUUUGAUUUGAGUGGCAUAUCAUAUAGGCCUUACACUCAGUCUCGCAAGAACAUCUGGAUAGACUUCGAUUCAAUUGAUUGGAAUAAUGCAACACAACUGCCACCUACUCCAAUAAAGAAUGGAAGAAUGUGAAUGAAAGAUUCUGAUGGAAAAUUAUUCUAGUGCAGUCUGAACCAUGUGAUGGUACUUUAAAUCAGGGUGAUCUGGUUUCUUAGAAUUCACAAAGAAAUAAUACUAGUCAUAUUUGUGUCAAUUAAUGAGAUAUGGAAUUAUUUUGAUUUUAAAUUUUUAUAACUUAAUAAUAUUUUACAUGGCUAACUCUAGAGGCACACAUUUUUUUUUAUAAUAUGAAUCUAUAUAGUAAUGAAAGUGCCUGUCGGCUGUAUAAAAAUCACCCGUAGUUGGACCACCCUGCUUUAAAUGAAUGUUCUUGUGCUUGAUUAUCCUCAGUGUUUUUCAUGUUACACCUGUUUAUGAAUUCCUUGAUACUAUAUUUUUGAAAGUAGUUCUGUAAGUGCUUUCUGCAACUGCUAUGUAGAGGAUGAUAAUAUGUACCUGUAUGUGAAUUUUGUGAUUGUAUAGAUAGGAUACUUUAAGCACAAAUGCACUCAAGUGGCCUCCCACAAGUGCAGAUAAACAUACACAAGCACAGAUAUACACAUGCACAAAUUAACAUAUAAACACAGGCACAGAUAAACAGACAAGCACCAAUGCACACACAAGUACCAAUGCAUACACAAGCACCAAUGCACACACAAGCACAGAUGCACACAAGCACAAAAGCACAAAUGUAUGCACACAAGCACAGAUGUGCACACAAAUACACACAAGCUCAAAUGCACACAAGCUCAAAUGCACACAGAAGAACAAAUGUGUGCGUGUGCGUGUGCGUGCGUGUGUUUGCAUUUGUUUGCAUUUGCUUCAUUAUAUGCUUUGCUAUAAUUUUCCUUACAUAUAUUGCAAGUCCCUAGUUUUUCCUUAUAGAUAAAACACAAGCUUUCAUUUGUAGAUUAUUUUAAAAGUUUGUCUAUUUUAGUAACAGCAGUUGUGUGACUUAUUAAUUUUAUUGUUAAAUUUAUAGUCCUGAUGACAACACAAUAUUUCUAUUGUAUACAGAAAAUAAAGAACAUUGGUAGCUUUUUAAUCACUGAA